AAAACAUUGAUUGGCUGUAUGAACCACAGAUUUCCAGGUUCUCCAAAAUCUCCUUUUUCCCAUGUAUUUGUAUUAGGAAACCCAUUACAUUAGAUGCUUUUCUUUUUUUCAGAUAACUUUGACAAGUGUUGCAUUGUUUACAAAUUCUGCAAAGUAGAAGACCUAAAACAGGAAUCAUAACUAAAGAAAGAGAGAUGGAAGUGGAUGAUAGCAAAGGUAUGGUUUGUGUAACUGGUGGAACAGGAUAUCUAGCGUCAUGGCUGAUAAUGAAGCUUCUUCAACAUGGCUACUCAGUAAAUGCUACCAUAAGGUCCACUCAAGAUGUUAGCUACCUCACUAACUUGCCCGGUGCAUCUCAAAGGCUACGGAUAUUUAAUGCUGAUCUAGACAAACCAGAAAGCUUUAGUGAAGCUAUUAAAGGAUGCGUUGGAGUAUUUCACAUUGCUCAUCCGAUGAAUUUCGGGGAUCAAGAAAUUGAAGACAAAAAGAUAAGAAGAACAGUUGAUGGAACAUUGGGCGUUUUACAGGAAUGCCUCAAUUCAAAAACAGUAAAACGAGUUGUUUACACUUCCAGCAGAACAGCAGUUGUGUUUCAUGAUAAAGGUUUAGACACAGUGAACGAGAGCUCAUGGUCUGACAUACAUGUCAUGAAAACAUUAAAACCUAUAUCCGCAGCUUCGUAUGUGAUUAGCAAGACUUUAGCGGAAAAGGCUGCUCUUGAAUUUGCUGAGAAGCAUGGAUUAGAUCUGAUGACUGUUAUUCCUAGUUGGAUACAUGGUCCCUUCUUGAGUACUCAUUUCCCGGAGCCAUUACGAUCAGCCAUGGCAAUGAUUUAUGGUAACCAGGAAAAUUGCAUGAAGUACCCCUCGCUUACCCCAUUCGUGCAUGUAGAUGAUGUUGCCAGUGCGCACAUAUUCCUUCUAGAGAAUAGUAAAGCACAAGGGAGGUAUAUUUGCUCUGCUGUGGAAGUUACACCAGAUGAGCUGUUUAAGUUCCUCUCAGCUAGGUAUCCUGAAUAUCGAAUACCUAAUGUCGAUUCCUUGAGGGAGAUUGGAGGGAUUAAGCACCCUAGCCUUUCAUCAAAGAAACUUUUGGAGGCUGGAUUCAAGUACAAGUAUGGACUUGAGGAAAUGUUUGAUGGUGCAAUUGAAUGCUGCAAACAAAAGGGUCUACUCUAGUUUCUACUCUAUAGCAGAGCCUAUUUAUUCUAUUACGGUGAAACAGUAGGACCUGAAAGUUGAUUAUUUUUUGGCCCUGUGAUGGAAGCUGGCAAUUUGAACUGGAGGUCAAUGACUUAAUUCAACAGUAGAAAUAGGAGUUACUUGAUUAUGUUUUUGCUAUGUAUUCAAAUUGUAAGAGAUAACAGAGCAGUAGCGCAGCGGAAAUAGAGAUUUUGACAUACCUCCAGCCAUUGUCGAAGUCCGUCGGAGCGUUGGCGUGGUCGGAAUUUGUUUUCCCCUUACGGUGAAUCUUCUAAGCACUCAGAAUAUCUUAUUGUAGAUGGUGUGAAUUUUUGAGAGAUUUUCUAUGCUUAGGGACCAUCCAGAAUUCCUCUUUUAUACUGCGCGUCCAUCAAAAGUAGUUGGGAAGUUCUUUUAGAUAAGGGAGUGGCAAAAAUUAUAGAGAAUCUUGAAUUUGAAAUUCAAGUUAAGUGGAUAAGUGGGAAGUUACGGGCCAUAAAGAAAAUGCCAACAUUCUCCCACUUGGUCCGUAUAUUUUCAUCCCAUAUGUGAAGCAUAAGACAUGAAUCAUGAUGAUAGUUCCUCUAAAGAGAGCAAUAACUUUCAUGUAUCACAAUGUGUUAUGCCUCUAAGCCUCAACCCUUAUUACUUAAUGAAUAAACUCAAUAUUUAUUC